AUGAGUCCAAAGGAAUCUGAGAAGAAGGAAGAAGUUGGGGCAAAAAGAAAAAUUUUUGUGGUGGUUGGAAUGGCAGGAAGUGGGAAGACAACCUUUUGCCAAAGACUAUACUCAUGGAUCUCCCAGGAUAAUUGCAGAGUAAAUCCGGAUACUGGAUUGAAUUCAUACAUAUACUCAAUCAACUUGGAUCCUGCAGUUGUGAAUGCAAAGAUGCCUUUAAAUCUUGAUAUAAGAGAUGUUGUGGAUUAUCACGAGACGAUGGAGAAAUAUAAUCUAGGGCCUAACGGUGGGAUUACUACAUGCUUGAACUUAUUCCUUUUGAAUAUCGGGGAGUAUAUUGACAAGAUAAAGGAAGAAUAUGUUAUUAUAGAUACUCCUGGGCAAAUUGAGGCAUUUACAUGGUCAUCUCCAGGGUACAUGCUUAUUGAGACACUGAAGACCAUUGGAAACGUUAUCCUCGUAUAUGUAGUUGAUUCUGUAUCUUCGCACAAACACGCUGUAUUCAUUUCAAACAUGAUGUAUGCAGCUUCCUUGAUGUGUAGGUACGAGGUUGAGGCACUAUGUCUCUUCAAUAAGAAGGAUCUAUCUAGGAGUGAGGUUCUUGAAGAGUGGAUCUCUGAUUAUGAAAGCUUCCGGGAUUCAUUGAAUGAAGACAACAUAUUUUCUCCUAUUUUGGGGUCAAUGGCUCUUUACUUUGAGGAGUUUUACAACUCGGUAAAAUCUGUAUCUAUUUCUUCACAUACAGGGAGCGGAAGGUCUGAUUUCUUCGAUGCUGUUAACCAGCUACUAGAAGAGAAGGAUACUUAA